UCUAUUUAAUCUAGUGUGUGGGUGUGUGUAAAACGGAGGCAUGUACUUUGUGUUACUUCUCAAAUUUCUUUAACGGGCUCCAAAGUGCUCAGUUAGAGCUCUGGAUAUGGCGGUUAUGUUGUGGACCUGGGUGUUUUUGGCGUUCUCUGCGCACUUAGUGGUUUCGUAUACAGGUAGGAAGUGUGGCUCUCCGACUGUGUAUCCGGGUAAACAGCUGGAGGAAAGGUAUGAAGGGAAGCAGGAGUUUAGUAACAGAGACAGAGUGGUGUAUAAAUGCGCGCUCGGCUACACAUACAGCUACGGCUCGCGCUUCUCCUUCUGCCAGAACGGACAGUGGAGUCUUCUGGGGAUGGAGUGCAGGAGGAAAAGGUGCGGUUCUGCUGGAGAGAUACCGAACGGGCGAUUCAGACAGAUGGGCAACGCCUUCGGGGACAAAGCCUAUGCAUUCUGCAAUGAAGGCUACGUUCUACAAGGAGAGCCCGUUAGGGAAUGCCUGGUUAACGGAUGGCGUGGAACGGUUCCUACUUGUGUAGCUCUUGUGGCUGAUUCUGCCUCUGACAGACCAGUAACAUGUCCACUACUCCACAAAAAUAAAAAUGCUACGUUUCAUGGAACAAAGGCCACAUACGAACCCAGAGAGAUCUUAUCCUACUCCUGCAAUGCCGGAUUCCGGCAGAUUGGCAAUAAGAACUAUCUGCUGUGUGAGGGAACUGGAAAGUGGAACCCUAGUCAUGCAAAUUGUGAAAUGAUCAAAUGUGAGAAUUUUACCAUAGCCAAUGGUAAACUACAAUUUGGUAAUCUAACCUUUAACACGAAAGUAAACAUCAGCUGCAAAGAUGGGUUCCGCCUCAGAGGGCCGAGUGUCGUCACCUGUGGAGCAGACAGCUCCUGGACUCCAGAUCUUCCCACCUGUGAAGAGGUGUUACCUGUACAGGUCACAUGCCCGCCCCCCGCCGUGCCUAACAGCAGCGGACAGGACGGAUACAAGAUGGAGUAUGAAGUUGGAGAACAUGCCACUAUCUCCUGUCAGGAAGACUUCGAGCUGAUUGGCUCAUCACAGGUCACAUGUGGAGCAGACGGCCAAUGGCAGGAAAUGCCAGAAUGUCGUCUUGCUAGAGGAAAUUGCCAGCCUCUGCCGUACUUCCCUAAUGCCCACACCGAGCACCGUGACCAGAGACACUAUGAGCCCAAUACUGCCGUGCGUUUCAAAUGUAAUCAUGGCUACCGCAUGGUCCGAGGACCGAGCACCAUAUACUGCAGGAACGGCCAGUGGACUGCCUUGCGUUUGAAAUGUGACAAGAAGAAAUGCGGCUCGGCCGGGGAGAUUGAAAACGGACGUUAUCAGUACACAGGCUCUUUGUUCGGGGACACAGCUACAGCCACGUGCAACGAAGGCUACCACCUGGUCGGCGUGGGUGUGAGACACUGCAGAGCACAUGGAUGGGAAGGCAGAGUACCAGUGUGUGAGGCUAUCCAGUGCCCUGAGCCUCCACUGGUGCCAGAUGCAGACUUGUUUUUCGACACAAGUGGAAUAAUAAAACAUGGUUUCGUGGCAUCAUACAGAUGUCGAUACGGCACAUUGAUCGGCGCUUCAGACAUCUUCUGCACUGAAGAUGGCACAUGGAGCGCUCCGGCUCCUCGGUGUGAAGUUGUUACCUGCCCUACCCCCAGUGUGAAGCAUGGGGUAAUAGUUUCUGGCACGAGGCCUCGAUACCAAUCUGGGAGCUCGGUGAUAUUCAGGUGCAGCCCAGGAAAAAGAUUAUUGGGCCCUGAUAUCAUCAUAUGUGGGGGAGAUGGAUCCUGGAUGCCAAGACUCCCUCAAUGUGUAUUCUGCCUAAUAUAUCCUUCGCUGAGGGAGUUGGCUGAACAAGAACACAGCUCCCCUAGCAGAGGAGAAACAUGUCCACUACUCAAGAAUAAUAACAAAGCUACGUUUCACGGAACAAAGGACACAUAUAACCCCAGAGAGACCUUAUCCUACUCCUGCAAUGUUGGAUUCCGGCUAAAGGGCAGUAGCAGCAUACUCCGGUGUGAGAAAACUGGAAAGUGGAAACCUUCUAAUGCGACUUGCCAAAUGAUCAAAUGUGAGAAUUUUACCAUAGCCAAUGGUAAAGUAAAAUUUGGUCAUCUAAAGUUCAACACAAAAGUAAACAUCAGAUGCAAAGAUGGGUUCCGCCUCAGAGGGCCGAGUGUCGUCACCUGUGGAGCAGACAGCUCCUGGACUCCAGAUCUUCCCACCUGUGAAGAGGUGUUACCUGUACAGGUCACAUGCCCGCCCCCCGCCGUGCCUAACAGCAGCGGACAGGACGGAUACAAGAUGGAGUAUGAAGUCGGAGAACACGCCACUAUCUCCUGUCAGGAAGACUUCGAGCUGAUUGGCUCAUCACAGGUCACAUGUGGAGCAGACGGCCAAUGGCAGGAAAUGCCAGAAUGUCGUCUUGCUAGAGGAAAUUGCCAGCCUCCGCCGUACUUCCCUAAUGCCCACACCGAGCACCGUGACCAGAGACACUAUGAGCCCAAUACUGCCGUGCGUUUCAAAUGUAAUCAUGGCUACCGCAUGGUCCGAGGACCGAGCACCAUAUACUGCAGGAACGGCCAGUGGACUGCCUUAGAUAUGAUAUGUGAAAAGAAGAAAUGCGGCUCGGCCGGGGAGAUUCAAAACGGACGUUAUCAAUACACAGGCUCUUUGUUCGGAGACACAGCUACAGCCAUUUGCAACGAAGGCUAUCACCUGGUCGGCGUGGGUGUGAGACACUGCAGAGCACAUGGAUGGGAAGGCAGAGUACCUGUGUGUGAGGCUAUCCAGUGCCCUGAGCCUCCACUGGUGCCAGAUGCAGACUUGUUUUUCGACACAGAUGGAAUAAUAAAACAUGGUAGCAUGGCGUCAUACAGAUGUCGAUACGGCACAUUGAUCGGCGCUUCAGACAUCUUCUGCACUGAAGAUGGCACAUGGAGCGCUCCGGCUCCUCGGUGUGAAGCUGCUACCUGCCCUGCCCCCAGGGUGAAGUCUGGGGUAAUAGUUUCUGGUAAAAGGCCUCGAUACCAAUCUGGGAACCCGGUGAUGUUCAAGUGCAGACCAAGAUGGAGAUUAUUGGGCCCUGAUGUCAUCACAUGUGGGACAGAUGGACACUGGAAUCCAAGACUCCCUCAAUGUGUACUCUGAUUCCCUUCACAGAGGGGCUGAGAACAAGACCACAGCAGUAACUUCUCAUCUGGGAUACGUAAUACAUAAACUUUCUUCAUCAAUUUUCUGUGACACUUUGCUAAGAAGCUCAUGUAAUAUGGUGAUACCAUUAAAUACAAUAUCUGAUAUAGUAAUUUUAAUAUUGAUUAAACUGCCAUCUUGCUGCACUUUUAUUACUUUAAACAUAUAAUAUUGCUAAAUAUAUUCAGUUGUGUGUAAGUACAUGAGAUUUCUUGGUUCAGGAAACCAUAUUACAUUUUCCUAUCUCUUAUAUCUGUUUUUAAAUUGUUAAAAUGACUGUGUGUUGCACUUGUACCUGGAGCAGGAUUUCUUUCAUUGAUGGAAAUCUUAUUCUGGAAAGCAGAUUUAAUGGAUGUUCAAAAAUUACACAUUCCACUUUCAAAUUUGUCCAAAACUAUGGACAGAAGCCAGCAUACUUAUGCUUAUGUACAUUGGGAUUUAAUGGACUUACCCAUUGCUGGAUUUUCCCUAUACAUAAGUAACAUAAGUGUCUGAAUUUUAUUACUUUGAAUGUUAAUCUGAAUGUUAUUUUUUUAAUGGAUUCGCUUACAUUAUAUGUUGACUGUUGUUUGUACUGUUGUGAGCACAAAUUAUUUUCAUUUAAAAAGAAAAAUACAAUAUCCAGAUUUUUUUUUUUA